AUGCUGAGAAGGAAUCAGAUAAGCCUUAAAAAUUCUGUUAAGGUCGCAUUUUAUUCCACUUCAAAACAUGCUGCUGCUGGUGCUAAUAAAAACAAUGGUAAUUCUGUAGCCAAUACUUCUCAUGAUGUAUCGGUAAAACAGAAGAUAUUUAUAACUGAUCCUAUUUCUCCAGGUUCUGUUUUUUUUUUGCCAAAUGGUGCCAAGAUAUUCAAUAAAUUAGUUCAAUUUAUGAAGUUACAACAAGAGCAUAAAUUUGGAUUUAAAGAAGUUAUUACACCAAUAAUAUAUAGAAAGUCCCUAUGGGAACAAUCUGGACAUUGGGAGAAUUACAAAGAAGAUAUGUUUAAAGUUGAAGGUCAAGAUAUUUCAAAAGAAGAGUAUGGAUUGAAACCAAUGAAUUGUCCAGGUCAUUGUAUGAUUUUUAAAAAGUUCGAUAGAUCCUACCAUGAAUUACCUUUGAGAUUAUCAGACUUCUCUCCAUUACAUAGAAAUGAAGCCUCUGGGGCACUUUCAGGUUUGACCAGGGUUCGUAAAUUCCAUCAAGAUGACGGUCAUAUUUUCUGCACUAAAGAACAAGUAGAAGAAGAGAUCAUCAAAUGCUUAAAAAUGGUUGAUUUAUGUUAUUCAAGGGUAUUUAAUUUUAACAAGAGUAAAAAUAAUGAUUCUUCCAGUUAUAUUAUAAAAUUAUCAACUCGACCAGAUAAAUAUAUCGGAGAUCUAGAAAUCUGGAACCAUGCAGAAGAUACUUUAAAAUCUAUCUUGGAAAAAUCUGGAAAGAAAUGGGAUAUAAAUGAAGGUGAUGGUGCAUUUUAUGGUCCUAAAAUCGAUAUAUUAGUAAAAGAUCAUAAUAAUAAAACUCAUCAAGUAGCAACAAUACAAUUAGAUUUCCAACUGCCGGAAAGAUUUAAUUUAAGAUAUAAGGACAAAGAUAACUCUUAUAAAAGGCCAAUCAUGAUUCAUAGAGCAGCAUUUGGGUCAUUAGAAAGAUUUAUUGCUAUGUUAAUUGAUUCAAAUGAAGGGAAGUGGCCAUUUUGGUUGAAUCCUCGCCAAGCAAUGAUUAUACCUGUUAAUACAAAAAUUAAAAGCCAUGUCAGUGAAAGUAAACAGUUGGCAUCGAAAUUACGCGGUGAAUCCGCAGAUUUAGAUGAUUUAACACCGGUGCCCUUCAACAGUUUUCAUUUCAAUGUCGAUGUCGAUUUGAGAUCAGAACCAGUUGGAUAUAGAAUCAAGGAUGCCAUAAUGAAGAAUUAUUCCUAUUUGAUUAUUAUUGGUGACGAAGAGGUUGAAACGGGUAGAUAUGCAAUUAGAACAAGUGAAGAUCGAAGGCUACAACACUUAACCGAAGAUGAAAUAUUUGACAAAUUUAUGAAAUUAGAGAAAAAUUAUAAAUGA